AUGAUUCUUGGGAAUAACUACCUUUUAACCAUUCUGUUUUGCAUGUGUUGGGCAUGUUUAACAUUCGUUAACACCCAACAAUCACUAACAGUCAACUUGUACAUUUCCCAACACGAAGGAUCUGAUUCAAAUUCAGGAAAUUCAACAACUAGUCCUUUUCAAACCAUAGCCAAAGCUUCUCAAUGGAUUCAAACCUAUAAGAAUUCACUCAGUCAAACUCUCAUCAAGAAUGUUACAAUUUAUGUGAACAUUGAUGAUGGUCGUUAUUUUUUCAAUGCUUCAACAUCGAUUGUGAAACCUUCGAAAUUUAAUGAUCGAUCAUCGCCAGUCUAUUGGAAACCAUGGAGAGAGAAUGGUGAGGUAAUCUUUUCAGGAGCAGUGCCAUUGCCUUCCUACUUGUGGAAAACAUUUGAUUCUAAUGAUGAAGAUUCGUAUUCAAUGCUUCCACAAUCAAGUAGGGGUCAUGUUAAAAUGUUAAAUUUAACACAAGCUGGUUUCUCCUCCUCUCAGAUUGUGGCACUCAAGAGGGCAGGUUAUUCCAUUGGUGGAACAACAUCUGGGAAUGAGUUAUUCUUCAGAGGAAAGGUUCAAACUGUUGCCAGAUAUCCAAAUAAGACUCCUCAAGGGGAAGAUCAAUAUUUGAAAAUCUUGUCAACUGAUGCAGAAUACAUGGUGAGAUUGAACAGCACUGGUUCUCCUAAUAGAAUGAAUUGGCCACUUGAAAAGUAUCCAUUCGUAUUCUCCUACUUUUAUUAUGAUUGGGCAGAUGAAUUGGCACCGCUUUCUAAACUCUAUUCGAAUGGAACAGUUCAAUUACAAUUUAAACCUUCGCUUGGAAUUCAGAAAGGUCAGAGAAUUUAUGUGGCCAACUUUUUGAGUGAAUUAGACAUGCCAGGUGAAUAUAUUAUAUUGGAUGAUGUCAUUUUCUUUUGGCCUCCUUCAGAAAUCACUGCCAAUGAUGAUGUCAUGAUUUCAGUUUCUGAACAUUUGAUUGUUUCAUUGGCCAAUGGACAAUUAUUUUCAAAUCUCAAGUUUGAAAUGUGUAGAGGGGUUGGUUUAGUUGCUAAUACAUUGACAGCAAUUGAGAUUUCACAUUGUACUUUUUCCAAUAUUGGUAAUAGAGGAAUUUCAAUGACAAACUGUGAUGAUUAUUGUAAAAUUAAUUACAACACAUUUUAUGAAAUAGGACAAGGAGGUUUGAGCAUUAGUGCUGGAUCAAGAACUACACUUACUUCAUGGAAUGCACUUGUUAUGGGAAAUACAAUUUUUAACUAUUCCAGAAUUGGCAAAACUUAUAGACCAGCAAUUUCAGUCCAAGGCGUAGGAAUCACAUGUAGAAACAAUGAAAUUUACAAUGGAGACCACGUAGCCAUCAUGUGGGGAGGUAACAAUCAUGAUUUAUCCUACAAUAAGAUUCACAAUGUCUGUAAAUCAUCUCAAGAUAGUUCAGCAAUUUAUUCAGGACGUGAUUGGACACAGAGAGGUAAUCUCAUCAGAUAUAAUUACAUUUACAAUGUUAAAGGAAUGGGUGAUCUAGGUGCUACAUGCAUCUACUUGGAUGACAUGUUCUCUUCAGUAACCAUGUAUGGAAAUAUCCUGGUUGACUGUUAUAGAGGAUUAUUGAUUGGUGGUGGAAGAGACAAUGUUGUGUUUGGAAAUGUGUUUGUGAAUAAUACACAGGCCAUUUAUGCAGAUGAUCGUGGGUUGACCUGGGCCAAUACUGUUGAAAUUAACACAAAUCUCCUCAAAGUUCCAUUUAACACGAGUAAGAUUUGGAUUGACUCAUAUCCAACACUUCCAAAUAUACUCAAUGAUGAACCAAAUACUCCAAAAGGCAAUAAUGUGACAUUUAAUGUGUUUGUUGGAAAGACGAGUAAUUCAAUUUUCAAUAAUUUCAAAAAGUAUAGUACCUAUUCGAAUAAUACAGCCGAAAUGACUGAUUCAAUUUUUGUAAAUUUUGCUGCUGGUAAUUUCACAGUAUUGGAAAGCUAUUUGAGUUUGUUAUUGGGAGUUCAAAUUCCAAUUGAUCAAAUCGGUGUGAAAUUAGAUCAAGUAAUCAACUCAAAUUCUUCCAAUAAUUCGAUUCCAUCCACCAUCUCCUCAGCCAAGUAUUCCAAUUCCAGUAGCUUCUACUACACCACAACCAAGCUAUUCCUAUACGAAACCUACUCCAAGUAA